AUGACUCGCGCGCUCGACGGAUACGUCGCGACCGCGGUAAUCGUUGCGGUGUACGUGCUCACGCUCUACGGCGGGCGCGCGUCGACGCUCAAGAGCGAUAGGGACUCGACGGAGGUGAUCGCUCGGCGUUUUCUGACAACGACGACGAGUUCGAUCGUCUCGGUCGCUCUCGCGAUCUGGGCGAUCGCGAGAGGCGAGGGUGGGGUUGAUGUGGCGUUCAUCGACGCGUUCGACCGCGAGCGGUGGGGGUCGAUGCGGCGGGCGUUGGGAUUGAGUCCGAGGAUGGGCGCGUGGCGCGCGUGCGCGUACGGUUUAGUCGUGGCGUUGACGCUCUUGGCGGGGGAGUGGACGAGCUCCACGGCGAGAUGUGGGCGAUAUCGCGAGCUCACGUCGAGUGGACGAACGAUGUGGAUGAAUGUGCGGGAUUUCGCGCACGCGCCGUUGAUGGAAGAGUUGGUUUUUCGCGCGUGCGCUACGGCGACGAUGCGCGCGUCCGGAGCAUCCGCGCUCGCGGCGUCCGCGUGGUCCACCGCGCUCUUCGCCCUCGCACACGCCCACCACUUCUUCGCCAUGCGCGCCAGAGGGGCAUCAUUCGCGCUCGCUCUUCGCUCCACGCGCAACCAGCUCGCGUACACCUCGGCGUUCGGCGCCCUAGCGAGUCGCGUCUUCGUCCGCACGGAAUCGCUCGUCGCGGCGACGACGUGUCACGCCGCGUGCAACCUCAUCGGCCCACCCACGAUUCCACCCCUCGGCGAGCGAAGACGACGGACGAUCAUCACCGCUCUCGGCGUCAUCGGUGCGCUCUGCGUGCUCGUUCGGUUCUGA